UCGAGGCAACAUGGAGGUGAAGGAUACGCCUGUCAAUGGUGGUGUCUCCAUCCUUCAUACAGUGAGGGAUGGGAAGCAUUACUAUGAAGUCGAGACUGUUCUUAAGGAUAAGAAAGCCAAGAAAGGAUUUUUUAUGAGGAGAGGAGAUAAACUUCUGAAGAUUAAUGGCUUAGACUUGCAAGAUUUAUCUCCAGAGAUGUUUGCGGAAAAGUUGUCUGAAGGCAGUCCCAUGCUGUGCCUUAACCCUCUUGGCCAUGGAAUUCACCAGAGCUUCGCAGGUUGCCACUGGAAUCCUCUUCCACUCCAUUGCGACAUCAUGGAGCAGACAUUGCACCAGCCCAGCCCUGACCACUCUGAGAAGCCACAUCAGACACCAGGUGCCCUCUGUCCAGUCAAGAAGGAAGACUAUGUCCUGGACUUCUGUCUGAACACAUCCAGAGACCCAGACGUUUGUAGUAGUGAUGAAAAUCUCCAGGUGGAAGAUGAUUGUGACCAGGAGGACGACAUCCUGCUGCUGGUGGAGAUGGUGGACACCAACAUGUCUGUAGUGAGAGGAAGGGGCUGUGCCCAUGGGGAGACCUGCGAGGACUGUGGUGGCACCGAUUGCAACCUAGAUGAAGUGGUUAUGACGUCCAGAAGGGUCUCCUUAGUGGCGAGGGGCAUUUCUGAUUUUCUACAUGAUAAAAUACAAGAGAACAUUGCCUUGGAGGGUCUUCUGAGUCGUUUGUAUGUCAACCCUGUUGGCGAUCAGACGCGACUGAAAACAAAUCCAGCAAAAAUUACGAUCUACUACUACCAGUCCAACCAUGUGGACGGCUCCUCUAAAGGAGUACCUGUUGUCUUGAACUUCUCGGGGACUGACAAGUUCAUCCGAUGCUCCAGACAUCCAGACAGCCUUGAGGCGAUAAUAAAUGUAACGCCAUACGAAAAGAGCAAACUGAAAUGCAUCUCCAAGGAGGACCACGAAAGCUUGGCCUUUGUCUUCUACAUGAAAGGGGGACGGGCCAGAGAGCGUAUCUUCGAGUCUGCACACUGUGAGGGGUUUUUCAUUCAUUCCAACAACAGGGCGAUAACAGCAACAAGACAAAAUAUGGAUGAUACCUUCUACUUUAUCAUCCAUGAGGGCACAUUUAUGCAGAGUUGUUGAGACUCCUACAGUCCAGCUGAUACACCUACAGACCAGCUCCAGCCAGCAAGCAUCCUAGAUUUCCCACAGUGAUGGCUAGGGUCUUUGUGUCCUCUCUAAGCAUCCUAGAUUUCCCACAGUGAUGGCUAGGGUCUUUGUGUCCUCUCUAAGCAUCCUAGAUUUCCCACAGUGAUGGCUAGGGUCUUUGUGUCCUCUCUUACCUGAUACCUUCCUCAGGCCUUUUAGUCAUCUCCACUAAGCAUCUUGGUGGUUUCCAUGAUGCAGUUUCUCCUUUCCCACAAUAAUGCUUAAUGGGACAAACAAACUCUUGGUAAAACAUACGUGGCAGAGAGGCUACGCCGGGCAAGUAACUGAAGUUUUCCA